CGGAUCACAAGCUGUAUCAUUGAGCUAGGUUAGCUGACUUUAUCUUCUUGCCAUCCCAGCUACUAGACGUUAAUGGUUUUGUGCUGUGAUUCUCUCCAGAAGACAUGGACGCCACGAUGUUUCAGCUGAGGUCGUUUGUUCACCAGCGGCUGUACGCAGCGGCGGAGGAGAUCCUCGGAGAGGUGGAGAAAACCAUCACGUUAACUAUGUACGAAGCAGAAGUUAGUCGGUCUAAAGAAGAGGUUGAAAGUCUGCGACACCCGCUCGACUUCCUGCGAAAGAAAUCAGCUGCAGAGCCUUCAUUGACCAGCAGCACAGUUAAAAGUGGAGACCAAUGUGCUGCAUCACAGCUGCAGGAGAACCCAGGACCCUCAACACCAGAAGAGUCUAACUCCAGUCUGGGUGCCGAGGUCCCGGGAGCCUCUCAAACCAGUGCAGAUCCGGACCACGAUACCUUGAACUACUGCUUGGUUCAGACAGACUUCUUGAUGUCGGAGAUAAAAGAAGAGCAGGAGGAACUUGGGGGUGACAGUCAAACACAAGAGAUGGGUUUUCCCUCUCCUGAAGUUGUGAAAAGUGAGCCAGAACAGCCAGAGACGCGAGUAUCGUAUGAAAUGCGACCAGUUUCUUCAGACGGGUCUGCGGCUCAGAGUGAGAACAAUGACAGUGAUGAGGAGUUGGUGAAUAACAAAGGAGAACAGACCAAAACAAUGAAGAGGAAAGGAAAGACAUUGCAAGAUCAGAGUGGCAGCGUCAAUGAGGACAAAGGAGCAUUAACCAAUGACAAAAGUUCACCUAAAAGUGACAAGGGUCGCAGUUUUUGCCAUUUUUGUGGCAAGGGAUUCCAGUACAUCGGCUCCUUGAUGAAGCACAUAAAAACACAUGAGAACAAUUUUGAUUGCACUGUCUGUGGGAGGACGUGCCUGUCUUCAAAUGAGCUGAUAACUCACGUGAAAGGUUGCCACAACAAAACAUAUUUUUGUGACAUUUGUGGCAAGACUUUCGCCAAUGUCCGUUGUCUCCGGCUACAUGAGAGAAUACACACGGGCAAGAAGGAGUUUGUGUGUCAAGAAUGUGGCAAGACAUUUUACCGAAGAGAGCAUCUGAUCGUGCAUGUGAGGACCCAUUCUGGGGAGAAACCGUAUCACUGCGAUAUCUGUGGGAAAGCGUUCAGCCAGAGCCAGAACCUUACGAUUCAUAAAAGAAGUCAUUCAGGGGAGAAACCGUAUCAAUGUGGCCUGUGUGGCAAACUUUUUAACACCAGCAGUCAUCUCAAAACACACAUGAGAUACCAUUCGGGAGAAAAACCGUACCCGUGUGACAUUUGCGGCAAACAUUUCAGCCAAAGCGGACAGAUGACUAGACAUAGGACCACACACACAGGAGAGAGGCCAUAUAGCUGCUGUAUUUGUGGCAUGAGGUACAGGUUUGCGCCUAAUCUGAAGGUGCACCUGCAAACUCAUGAAACGGCCGUGACUGAGUGAACACAGUACCUCGGAGCUCAAUUACAAAUCAUAAAUACCGGUGAGUUAGAUUGAUUUUGAGGAAUAAUUUAAAGAACUCCUUUAUUUGGUAGAAAAAAACCAACACAAUCUAAAUAUGUUUGUGAAUACCUUUAGGUUUGGGUUGAUAUGUGAUAGACCGCUGAGAUAUGUUAGCACUUAUUAAGAGGGUUAAAUGAGUCCCACAGGUAUCGCUGAGACCGAAGAGUGAAGAGCAGCAUCUCGAGCUGCUUUCUUUCACAUUUCAUGUUUGUGUUAUUGCAUACUGUUCUGUGUAAUGGCUUCCUGGUGAAACCAAAUUUCCACAUGGAGGACAAUAAAGUUGAAUAACCUGUCAUAUCAUAUUCCAGUAGUCUGUUUACCUUUAGUCUAUUUACACCAGUGUUAUUCAUCCGUCAGUCCAAACAUCUAAUACUCGUACAGUAUAAAGCUACCUAUAUGGUAUUAAAGUCAAAUAACAAUAUGUGUAUUAUUACUUGUGAGUUGGAAGAGAGUGAAGUUUAUUAAUUAGUGUAUUAUUUGACCCCUAGCAGUGUCCUAAAGCACAGUCCUUGAGUUUUACUAUGGGAUCCAAACAUCUGCACUGAUCACGUUAAAUACAUUUCGAGGGAAUUCAGUUGUAAUCACCACAGUCUGGGGAAUUUCCAAAGCAUAAUACUAAUAAGUUUGCUCCCCAUGCCUAUUGUUUACAUCUGAAAUAUGAUAAAUAUGAGCAGUAUUUUCAACCUAUUUCCCAAGUUCACCAUAUUCGACUGUUGCUAUUAGCAUUUAAGGGUGUACAGAGACACUGUGUUAAUAAUACAGUAAAUCUGUGGAUGCUUACUCCUCUAAUGAAGUACAGGUGGCUGCAUCACCCUGCUGCUCUAAAAGAUGUUCUUCUGCAGCUUGGCCAACAGGUGGCAGCAGACACACCAAAGUUACUCUUCACGAGGCAGUAUUUUGGUUUAUUAUAACACUAUAUUUUUCAUAAUUUGCUCUAAAGAACCCAUAGCACAAAUACAAGCAACUGUCAGACAGUACAAUCAAUCUGUUUUUAGCAUGAACUCUGACUUGUAGAGUACAACA